AGCCUGUGGGGCUGCGCAUGCGUAACAAGGCGACUACUUGACAAACGCGCAGUCGAACCGGAGCAGCCAAUCCGCGCGAGGAGGAACCACAGAAAGGCCCCGCCCACACAGCCUGGGUCUUCGCCCCACAGGCGGCUUCACCCGCGGCCCCGCCUCAACAGCCAUAUCUUAGUGCUGAUUGGCUGGAAGUCACCACGGUUCUAUUCCGAUUGGCUGUUUCUUGGUCCUAUGCGCGAAGGGGAAGGGUGGUAACGGAUGGCCGCUUGAAAGGGGCCUCCUAGAGGCGGAGGAAUCAUCAUUUCUGGAGGCCGACUUAGACUCUUAUACAGUCCUAAGGGGAGUGGCUACCACCGAGACCCAUAGAUCCCUCUUCGUGAGACGACCUACCUCUCAUCGUUUCCGUGUCCUCUCUUCCAGAAGGCCCUUGGAAUCCGCAGUGAAGCCCCCCUCCUCCUGUCUUCCUAACGCGCAAGAGUGGGCCAAAGGCCUAACAGGAUGAAACAUUGGAGACAGCUGGGAGAAGCCUCAGAGAUCAGAGAUAACCUCUCACCUCAUGAAUGCGGUCUUCUCCCUCCUCUACCAAACCCCCUCAAAAUAGACAGUCUCGGCCUUCUACUGAUGCUGACAUUCAGUCCCUCUUGGAAGAGCAAUACUGGUGCUUGCAGAAGGGGAGAAGCACAGUUUGGGAGGGUGAGGAGGUGUGGCAGUGAUUGCCAUGAGCAGAGGUGGGAUCCUGGGCAUCAGUGCUGAUUUUCAGGUGGACACUCUUGGCAACAGACUUACCUUCUUCCACACAAGGUCCUUUAUAUCCUUUGCAACACUGACUCCAGAAGGGGAAGAAAGAGUUCAGACUGGAUCUUUCCAUUUUCUCCCUCUCAACUUUUAAUACCUCCAGGCUGUCACUUGCACCUGCCAAAGUCUGGCUCUUCUUCACCCACUCUUUCCAGCCUUCCAUCCCCCCAAGGCUUGAUUUCCCUGUAAGUCUCAGUGCCUCUUACCCAGAUCUCCCAUCUGGAAGGAAGGAAGAAAAGAAAUCAGACCCAAAUGGAUGGCUCCAGAGAUUCUGACGAGGAAUGCAUAUCCAAGAAGCAGGGUAAGCGACCAGCCCUCCUUGAAAGUGAUUUCCUGAAAACAGCCUUCACUGCCAGUCCAGCCUCUCAGGAAUUAUACUUUGAGAGAACGAGCAGUUGUUCAUCCUAAACACCCCUAAUGAAUGAAAAGGAGAGAUCUCUCUGGGCGUCUAACAGGGCCUUCCGAGCUCCAGUUACCAUGAACCAAGCAGCACAAUCUGAUGUCAUAGUCCCCACAAACAUUCAGAGUAGGCUCGGUCAUGGUUCCUACUUUAUGGAUGAAUAAAUAGAAAGAGGGUAAAUUAGUUGCUCAAGUGCACAUAGCAAGUAACUAACAGAGCCUGGAUUUGACUUCCAAGUAUGUGCAAUUAAUGGUUCUGAAUCUUGAGGUUGACGAACUUUCCUCGCACCAGACCUAGGAGGCAUUCAUUCCACAAAUACAUAUUGAGGGCUGAUCAUGGAGCAGGCCCAUACUCCCGCAGAACCUACACCACAAACCUCAAAGGUAUUGUUGCCCUGGGCGGAGCUGUUGGGUUUAAAGAGCUGGAACCCACCUGGGCUGAACCCAGCCCCAGCAGCCUCUCCAGAUCUGCACCCGGCUCUCAGGACACUGAAGCACCGAGAGGUGAAGCAAGCCACUGAGUCACACAGCUCCCUGCUCUGCAGCCAUAUCAUGAACAGAGUGACCGGGGGCCUUCUCCUCACACUGUCAGGCCUGCCUGCCUUAGAAGCCAAUGACCUGGUUGAUAAAGACAGUCCCUUCUACUAUGACUGGGAAAGCCUGCAGCUGGGCGGCAUGAUAUUUGGAGGGCUCCUGUGCAUCGCUGGAAUCUUGAUAGCCCUGAGUGGAAAAUGCAAAUGCAAGUACAAUCAGAAACACAGCCCCUUACCUGAGAAAGCCAUUCCACUCAUCACUCCAGGCUCUGCCAGUACCUGCUGACCAUAGGACCAGCUUCAUGGCACUCUUGGUACUGGCUCCGAUGCUGUUCCUUCCCCACCUGGGGGCCCUACGCUCCAUGAUGGCCUUUCCCCCCAAGGGUGGGCCUUUAGGCUCCCUUCUGAUCAGAAGGCUGUGCAAAGCUUAUUUCUAAAUUAAACUGUCUCACCCCUC